CAAAAGCUCUAAAUGCAGGUUGAUGUUUCAUUUUAAAUUUUUUCCGCAUCGAAAACCGAGCUCAACGGAUCUUGCCACCGGUAUACUCAGUGGUACCACCAGCGGUUUGAUUUCUGCCCUCAUUUUUGGCUCUGUCCAAUCUCCAAACCCUCUCUUGCCUUUCCUUGUUGGACUUCAUCUGCCUUGCAACCAUGUAUUUCCUCAAACAAACCCUGAGCGGCAAUUACGGCCCCAAAAAGAAGCCCCACAGCGGCGGCCCUCGCAGCCGCAAUCGUGAUAAGAAGAAGCACAGCCCCACAAAGAGAGCCAACACGUAUCCGCACCAGGUGCAAUCUCCCGAGGAAGUCUUUGACAAGACGGUAUUUUGCUCCGACCUCUACACGCGAGAAUUCAUUCUGGAAGAAUUCAAGGCCGUGGCCGAAAAUGGCGAGAUUUACAAUUUGACCUUUGAAGAUAUCAUUGAACGCAAUGACGCCAAGUUACUACAGACAGCCAAGGUCAUGUUGGUCGAUGCGUCCAUGGAACUUGCCGACAAAAACAAGACGUUGCGCGGACGACCCAUUCCCACUCAUGAUAUACCCACUCUCAUCACUGCUGGCGAAGAAGGAGAAGACGAGGAAGAGGAACACAUCCAAAUGACCUUUGUCAAGCGCCCGUGGGAAGCCAUUACCUUUAUUGGCUGCAUCAGUACGGCCCGCGACUACAAACAGUACCUCGACAAGAAACAUCAAUUCCAAGCCGAUUUGAAUCGUCUCCUUGCCGUGCGACGCCUCAAGUACGCCCUUCCCAUUCGCUUCAAAACCAAACUCGAGAUUCAUUCCAUGCUCCCCGUCUUUUCCAUUCUCAAAUUGCUCCAAGAAGUGGCACGCGACUCGCACAUUGCCAAGUUGCGUUUGGAAGGCGGCGUCGUGGCGGGAUUUGACGAAGCGCGAGAUCAUCCCCGUCGUGUCGCCAAACAAUUUGCCAAACUGGUCGAUCCCGUCGCCAUGGAAUGGACGGGGCCACCCGUAGAAAUCUUUUUGCGGUACGGUGGCGAAGACAUGAAUAUUCGCACCAGUCGCACCAAGCUGGAACCCGAAGACGACGAUGACGAAAAUCACGCCACGGAAGUCUUGCGAGCAUGUGCCAGGGCGUUGGAGGGUCUCUUGUCGGACGGAUUGGACGAGUAAGGAAACACACGGGCAUACGACGCUGAUGUACAAUGGUAGGAACGAGAAAAGAAGAGUACGUACUCAAGAGAAGAGAGAGAGAGACAAACGCACAGAUUUUGAGAGCGAUUGUUCCUUCCCCGACGUUUCCGUCUUUUGCGAGGCUGCCCUUCGACCGAGUCGACGACCGACUGCAACCAUUAGAUAUCUACCAGACGGCUUCCCUGCCGCCUUACGCCGCGUUGCCUUCGCGGCUGCAUUCUUUCCUAUUUUAGCUUUCUCAACUAUUGCAUCUUGCUUAUCACUGUGUUCCUGGGUAGCGUCGUCGUCGUCGUGCUCGGGAUAGUGUAGAUCUAGCUACCAUAC